AAACAAUUUUCGGGCUCAGUAUUGAAGAAUAUAUUUGAUCUAGCAACACGAAUUUAUUUGACUGUCAAAUCAUCAAAACGUGUGGACUCCAUUCUCGAAUGAGUUUGCAACAAGCUCAGAACGUUUUUAGGGUGAAAGUGAAUGAUUAAAAUAAUUUGUAGUAUUGUGUUUCAUUUUUGCCCGCGCAGUGUUGAAAAAUGUUUUUGAAAAAUUAACGCUUUGUUUUUGGUACAGCGUCGCUUCGCGGUAGUUCUAUUUAAAUUCUAAUUAUUUUAGUUGUUUCAUACUGCCUUGUCUCCCUAUAUAAUUGGACUGAAAUGGACGAUUCAGUCAGAUCGACUGUGGGCAAGACCGAUUCAAGGCGGUCAUCGAUCGUGCCCAACGAUGAAAGCGUCACCAUGUACCUCUCCUUCGACGCGGACGAUACUCUUUCCGGUGGUACCAGUACAAAGUGGCAGUCGGCGGUGAUCACCCAGAACAGUCAGUUCCUGGAAAUUCACAACAGUAAAAUGGAGGCUAAUGUGGAUGAAAAGGGUCUCCGGCGCAGCGUCUUGAAGGACUUACAGCAGGUCAUGAUCAGUGAACAGGAACAGGGCUCACCCCUCCGUCCUUUUAAUAUGAGCAUCCUUAACAAACACAACGCUCUGAGCUCCACGCCUUCUAAGGAUACAGAAGCGAUCACAUCUCUUGAUUUAACAAAUGUUGAAAAUAAGGAAAAUUCGCAUGCCGACGAAAAUGAACAUGCCGGUGGCGAAAAUUCGACAUUGUCCAGUUCUAUAGAUGUAACCGCCAACACGGUUAAAGCUAACACCCUGAAAACAGUAGAUGGCACCAUAGACGAGGAGUCGGUCCAAGAGCCACCGAUCCCCAAGCCUUGCGCGAGCAAUGUGUAUCCGCUAAGUGCCAACGUGGUCCUUGAGAAUAUCACCGAGGUUUCCAACGAAGGUGUGUCUAUGGUGGCCUCCCCUCCGCCAGAUAAACACGAUCAAGCCCAGGUUGCAGAGGUUGUAAACGAGGUUUCAGAACUAAUUUCCAAAGCCCUAAAGAUUUCGGGCGAAUCUAUUAAACCACAGCCAUCGAACAUUAAAGUAGAAGCUAGCAAAAAGAGGAUGACUAUCGCCGUGGGAUCGGCGGGUGGAAUGCCGCGUCCCCGUCGCUCGUAUUUACCAACGUCUAGUGUGGAGAGUCGUACCUAUUCCUUUAAGCAGCGUAUGUCGGUGGUUGUGAAAACUACACUAAAUAGUCCGGCCCGUAAGCUAAACGCUGGGGGCUCUCUUGCUGUAGGACGCCGGAGCUGCUUGCCUGUAGCCAAACCAAAACCUGGAGGAGCACGUAAAUCAGUCGCAGUAUCAAGCAGCCGUUCUCCUCAAAACAUCCCAUCCAAGGUGAUCAAGCAGCCCACUAAAAGUAUACUUCCUGUUACCUACAACUGCAAAACAUGCAAUGCCACUUUCCGCGUAAAAAGCUUACUAGAAAUGCAUGUCCGCAUGCACGAUUUGGUAGAAAAUGGACCAAAGUCCCUAAAACGACUGAAUACGAACACGGCGGGUGCAGGUGGAAAUAGUACAUCCGGUAGUAAAAAUUCCUGCAAAUACUGCGACAAAAACUUUGCCCUGGAACGCGCUCUACACAUUCACUUGAUGCAAAACUGCAGCAAGAUUCCGCCAGGGGAAAAACGUAAACUUGAGUUUACUGAACUUAACCACGAAAAGAAGGCGCAGUUGCCCAAGAUUGCAGCUUCCAAUGUUAUGACCCAGCCAUGCACCCUUUCCCAGAAGUCACAGCAGCGUGUUAGCAUGAUUCCUAGCAAGGCUACUACAUCCUUUGAACCUCCCAUGGCUCCGCCGUCCACGAAAAAGAUACCCAAAAAGGCUGCGCACGCUGGAGUAUAUCGUACCCCUACGAAGACAGUGCCGUGCCACAUUUGUAAGCAAUCCUUUAAGAGCAUACUGGAGUUCACCAACCACAGUCUGACGGUGCACACAAAGAACUUGACGCAGAAGCCACCAGCUGCCCAGGACAAUGCACCGAGUGCCCAAGAUUAAAUCAAACGUAACCAUUAUAAUGUAGCCUAGGUCUAAGAUGAGUGUAUUUUAGUUUCCCACACAUUUAAAUGCACAUUAACCCUA